CCAGGACGCAUGUUGCCCAGUAUUAUCCAGUGUUAGAUAACCAAUUGCGUCGGCAAGAUGGCUUUCGGAGACUAUCCAGCUGAAUACAACCCAAAGGUUCAUGGACCUUACGAUCCAGCCCGUUUUUACGGCAAAGCUGAUGUCCCCUUUGGACAGGUGAAACUGGGUGAGUUGGGUGCUUGGUUCGGCCGCCGCAACAAGACUCCAAAUGCAAUUGCCGGUGCAGUGAGUCGUGCAUGGUGGCGCUGGCAGCACAAGUAUGUGUUCCCCAAACGUGCUGGAAUUGCACCCUUCUUCCAGUUGACCGUGGCCAGCAUGACGUUCUUUUACUUGAUUAACUACACCAAGUUGAAGCACCACAGGAACUACAAAUACCACUAAACCUUGCGCUUCAUUCUUUGCAGUAGGUCUGGAGAUGAUGAAACUCUGUAUGAUUACAUUUAGAUUUUUUUGGCUUUUGUUUUCUUCAAAAGGGCUUAAGUGAAUAAAAGAGCUGCGAAUAAUACAGUGUUGGACCAUCAUCACCAUCACUAAAACAUUA